AUGGAGCCCGUACGGCGAAGGUCGAACAUUGGCCAUAGUCUAAUCCUCAUAGCCAAGGCCGCACGUCAACACCACAGGCGCCGCCUAGGCGUUAAAGCACUGGUCGAUAUCACUAGCUUCUUCGACUCUUCAUCAAUUGAAAAGGGGCAUGACGUGAAAGAUGGAGGUCACUUCAAGUUGGUCUUGAGUGGGAAGAACCCUGGGAUGGCUGGGGGCCCCACGGACGAUGAAUCCGGCACCAGGCCCCUCGGGAGGUGCUCGGUUUUCUAUUACGGGGUGGGACAUAUGCUGAACGAUGUAACAUCUGCUUGUUGGUUCACUUAUCUAUUGGUCUUUCUCACGGAUAUUGGGCUGCCCCCCAGAGAUGCUGCUGUAGUCAUGCUCUCUGGUCAAAUUGCCGAUGGGUUCACAACCAUAUUUGCUGGCGAACUGAUUGACAGGUACGGACAUUUUAAAGUAUGGCAUGCAGCGGGAUCUGUUCUAGUUGCUGUUUCGUUUUCUUCAGUUUUUGGUGGGUGCUUGUCUUGCAAAAUUGUGGGGUCCAAUUCGUCCUCGAUGCAGACCAUUGGCUAUAGCUUCUUUGCUGCAAUUUUCAAUGUAGGCUGGGCUGCUACUCAAGUUUCACACAUGUCCAUGGUGAACUGCAUCACUUUGAACUCUACAAGCAGAGUAGUUUUGGCGAGCUGUCGAAAUGCAUUUGCAAUGAUUGCAAAUCUCAGUCUAUACGCCGUUGCAUUUGUGGUUUUCCAAAUAAACUCGAGCGGGUCAGUUAUUGAUGUCGAGAAUCAGUACCGUUGGAUAGCAUAUUCAUCAAUCUUCAUUGGGUGUUGUUUCGUGGGCGUAUUUCAUCUUGGCACGGCAGAGCCAAGACUGAAAAGGGAAGCUCGUGAAAAAGGUCACGCCAGAAUUUCUUGGACUUACUGGUUUAAAAAGUUAUUGUACUACCAAGUGGCACUUGUUUAUGUGCUAACUAGACUCAUCACAAAUGUUUCACAGGCAUUUCUUGCCUUCUACGUCAUUAAUGAUCUGCAGAUGGCCCAAUCUUCCAAAGCUGUGGUCCCUGCCGUCAUUUAUAUAUGCAGCUUCGUCGUAUCAAUCCUUCUGCAGGAGAUCACGUGGGAUGGCUGGCGCUUGAAGGCUUUCUAUUCCACCGGAGGCCUUCUUUGGAUAGUUUCUGGUUCCGUGAUUCUCUUUCUGCCGAGCAGUAUGAAUGCUUUUAUGUACAUUUUAUCGAUAGUGAUUGGAGUUGCAAAUGCGUUGAUGAUGGUGUCGGGGGUGAGCAUGCAGAGUUUCCUGGUUGGUGAAGAUCUCAAUGGGUGUGCCUUUGUUUACGGAUCGUUGAGCUUUCUCGACAAAAUAUUAUGUGGACUAGCGUUGAGUGUUCUUGAAUCAUAUCAAAGUUCCGUUCCACAAGUGCGUAGUUGUCACCACCUGCAUUCUUUCUUUUCCAUUACCAGAUACGGAUUGGGUCUUGUUCCAGCAUUUUCUGCUUUCCUGGGCCUCUUAGUCACACUCAGAAUGAAACUUCCGGAGCCCCACAUAACACCUUUGAUCCAACCACUAUUGGAAUAG